AUGGCUUCCUCAAUAUCGACGAGCAACCCGGUGAAGUUCUUCGAAGAACAUGGAUACUUCUACGAUGAGGAUCCGACUAUCGGAAACCUAGUUACUCAGCUAGAAACGCGCGGUAUUGCUGAAAGCCGUGAGGGUCUGCAUGCGGCUAUACCUAUACUUCUGGCAAACUCGAAUGUUCGACCAAUUCUCGAGCCGUACCUCAGCCGACCAGACGUUCGAUUGUGCAUUACGUUAGGCGACGACCCGGAUCACCCUUUCGUCUUUUCGUUAGACGCUGGGCAGAAAGAUUUCAUUAUCCUGCAUAUGUGGAGUCCUGGAUCAGAAGCAGAGCUAUACCAUGGCUCCCACCUGAACCCUCCAGGAUUACCGCGUUUGAAAGCUGCGCGAGCAUCGAAUGGAUUGCUGGAGCCGGCUAGCGCAGUGUUGAAGAAGAGAAAUUACUCUCCCGUUGCUAUUGAAAUGAAGCACGGUGGCGUGUGA